AUGGCGAAAGGAGCGAAGGUAGCUGGAAAGACUAAAUCGAAAGUGAAAUCAAAGAAAAAGGGUCCUUCAUCCUCUGAUAGGAUCAUCAAGACACGAUCUAUGGAUGCGAUUUUGGGAGUGAAGGAAUUGGAUAUUGAUGAGGAAGCUGGAGAUAUGAAGUUGGGGGCUGAGGAGAUCUUUUCCCCUGCAGAUACGGAGGAUUCCAGGAAUCGUGGUGAGAUAUGCCAGAAUUUUUCGGACUGGCUAUCUCACUCGAAUCGUGUGGCCCAAAAUGUGAGCACAUGGGCGAAGACUCCUCCUCCAAUUUUUCGAUCCAACAUUGUACAGAACCUGGACUCUCGGUUUUCUGGGUCGAUUCAAGAGAAGGUUGAACUAGAAGGACAACAUGAACAGAGCCCCAAAUCCAAAGUGAAGAUUGAUUUUGACGACAUUGAGGAGGAAGUAAGUUACUGGCAGCCCUCAAUUGUCUGUUUUGUAAUGGGAGCUAAUCUACCUCUCCAUGUUCUUGAUGGAUUUGCAAGAAGGAUGUGGCAAGAUGGAGUAGUUAAAGUGGGAAUGAUAGCUCGUGGUAUUUUCAUUAUCCGAUUCCAGAAUAUGGAACAACGCGACAGAGUCCUUCAAGGUGGCUAUGUGUUUUUUGACCGGAAGCCAGUGGUCAUGAAACCAUGGAAUCCGAUUGAUGAUUUCACCAAGGAUGACAUUACCAGUGUUCCCACCUGGGUACAAUUAAAGGGUUUGGAUAUCAAGUAUUGGGGGGAAAAGUCCUUGUUCAAGAUCGUUGGUCAGCUUGGCACUCCUUUGCAAGUUGAUAAUAUCACCAAGCAUCGAGAUAGGCUGAUGUAUCCGAGAAUUUUGAUUGAGGUAAGCCUUGGUCAAGAGUUUCCUGUUACGAUUUCUUUCACAGACGAAUUUAAUCAUGAUGUUGAUUUAGAGGUGAAAUAUGAAUGGUUACCAUUAGUAUGCUACACAUGCUCGAGAAUGGGGCACGAGACUAACCAGUGCAGGAAGAAACAGGAAGGGAAGGACACAGUGAAACAGAAGUGGAUUCCCAAGAAGCAAGAGAAUGAGGUGAAGCAGAAAUCAACUUUAGUAGAUGAGGAAGGGUUUCAGAGAGUUGAAAAGAGGAACAAAGUAGUAUCAAAUGAAAAACCUGCUGUUACUGAAGUGGCAAAUCGGUUUGAUAUGUUGGAUAAUCAGGAGGAAGAGAAUUGGUGUUUCACGAAUAAUAAUCCAUGGCUGGAUAAAGGAAGAAUAGUUGUAGCAUGGCAGCCAAGUAGUUUUGAUUUGGAUAUUAGAUUUUGUUCAGACCAAAUGAUCCAUGGUAUUGGUCACUCUAAGCAAUGCAAGGCACGAUUUAGCAUCACCAUAGUGUAUGGGUUCAAUGAAGACAGAAAAAGGAAGAAGCUAUGGGAGGAUUUAAAAGAAGUCUCAGCUCAAGUGCAGGGGCCGUGGUUACUAAUUGGAGACUUCAACGACAUCUUGGUUUCUAAUGAAAGAGUUGGAAGAAGAAGCACUAAAGGUCCUACGCAAGAAUUUAGAGAAUGUGUGGAUUAUUUCUUCUUACCUGAAGGUAUUUUUGAUCACAGCCCCAUCUUAUUUUCUCUACACCAAGAUGUUGUUUGUGGGAAAAAGCCUUUCAGGUACUUUAGUAUGUGGAAAGGUGCAGACAAUUUUGAUGCAAAAGUAGCUCAAAGCUGGAAUGAAGGAGCUGUUGGAACUGAGAUGUUUAAACUGACCAUGAAAUUGAAGAGGUUGAAGCAGGUUCUCAAGAGUAUUAAUAAGGAGGGUUUUAGUGAUCUGCAACAGCAAGCGCUUGAAGCUAAGAAUACAUUACUGGAGCUGCAGGGCAGAAUUAACAUUGAUCCCCUUAACAGUCAUCUUCUGUUAGAGGAACAAUCAGCCAGGGAGAAGUUUAUUAAACUGUCUAAAGCAUAUUCUCUUUUUUUAGCUCAAAAAGCUAAAAUUACUUGGGCAAAAAAUGGAGAUGAUAAUACAGCCAUAUUUCAUGCUUCUUUGAGGGCAAGGAGGAUCCAUAACCGUGUCUCUUCCAUAGAGGAUGCUCAGGGUAAUUGGUGUGAUACACCAGAUAGUGUCCAACAUGCAUUUUUGCAUUUUUUCCAGCAAUUGUUAGGCUCUCAAAUGCAUCAAAGAAUCUCGGUUAAUCAGAGUAUCAUCGACCUUGGACCAAAAAUCACAGAUAGGCACAUAAGUAUUCUCCAAGCAGAUUAUUCAGCUCAAGAAGUAAAGGAUGCAAUCUUUGCUAUUCCAGGGCUGAAGUCUCCAGGUCCUGAUGGCUUUGGUAGCAGUUUCUAUCAAGAUAACUGGAACCUUGUAGGAGCUGAAGUUGAAAAAGUUGUGCUAUCUUUUUUGAAUACAGGAAGAAUCCUUAAGGAAAUCAAUGCUACCACAAUUACCAUCAUUCCUAAGAGUAGUUGCCCACGCAAUGUCAGUGAUUUCCGCCCUAUAUCUUGCUGCAAUGUCAUCUACAAAGCUGCCUCAAAAAUUAUCUGUUCGAGAUUGCGGAAAAUUCUACCUGACUUAAUUGCUGAAAAUCAAGGGGGUUUUGUUCAUGGACGCUAUAUAGCUCACAACAUUAUGGUCUGUCAAGAUUUGGUGCGACUGUAUGGGCGGAAAAAUUGUAAACCUAGUUGCAUGCUCAAAAUAGACUUAAGGAAAGCAUAUGAUACCAUUGAGUGGGGUUUCAUAGAAGAGAUGCUCAAAGCCUUUGGGUUUCCUCAGAAGUUUACUGAUCUGGUUUUGACUUGUAUCCGCACCCCUAAGUUCUCAUUACUACUUAAUGGAUCUCUUCAUGGAUUCUUUGAAGCAAGGAGAGGUCUCAGACAAGGGGAUCCUAUUUCCCCCUUGUUGUUUGUUCUUGGUAUGGAGUAUUUGACUAGGAUAUUGACUAAGGUGGGAUCUCGGCCAAGCUUCAAGUACCAUGAUCGAUGCUCCACAUUAAAGCUGAAUCACUUGUGUUUUGCGGAUGACCUCUUACUUUUUUGUCACGGAGACUACCCUUCAAUCAUUUUGAUGCUGAGAGGUUUGAAGCUCUUCUCUAAAACUUCAGGUUUAUGUCCUAAUCCAUCUAAAUCUGCAGUUUACUGUCAUGGCAUGCUUGAAUCUGAUGUAAAUCGGAUACUUGAAACAUCUAGCUAUACUCGAAGUUCUCUCCCAUUCCGGUAUCUUGGCAUACCAAUUUGCUCGAAGAAGAUUUCUGCAGCUGAAUGUACCAGUAUCCUUGAGAAAAUGACUGGCAGAAUUCGGUUAUGGAGUACCAGGAACCUCUCGUACAUGGGGAGAGUUACGUUGAUUAACUCAGUUCUAAUCUCUAUACAUUCUUACUGGGCACAACUUAUGAUUUUACCCAAAAAAUUACUUAGAGAUGUUGAAGCUCUCUGCCGAGCCUUCCUUUGGAAAGGGUCUUUGGAUACUCAUAGUCAUGGCCUCAUUGCAUGGGAUCACCUCUGUUUAUCAAAAAUAGCUGGAGGCUUAGGCUUUAGACGAAUUCUGGAAUGGAAUGAGGCUGCCAUAGGGAAAUAUGUUUGGGAUAUUGCCAAGAAAAAAGAUAAUCUGUUUGUCAAAUGGAUUAACAGUGUUUACAUAGCAAACAGGAGCUGGUGGGAUUAUUCGUGCCCUCCGGAUUGCAGUUGGUAUUGGAAACGAAUAGUUGCUGUGAAAGAACGUCUUAAGCAUAAAGUCUCACUUGGUUCAUUUGUAUCUCAGCAAUAUAGCAUCAAGAGAGGAUUAGAACUGAUGAGUGUUUCUGACAGUAAAGUUUCUUGGAACAGGAAUUGGGAGCAUUGCAGACCGGUUUUUGUUGUGGAUAGAAUAUUUUGCGCUCAUAGGGGAUGA